GAGCAGAUGCCGCCCGACAGGCGCUGUUCAUACGAGCACGGCUAGACCUCCAUUCUGCUGAAGCAGCAGCUGUGCACCACCUUCGCCCGCAUGGCGAGUUGUUGGAAGCUUACGAAUGGCAUCAAGUGUCCGCGCGACGACAAUCCAACUACUUGGAUGGACUGCGAAGCGGCGGUCUUCCUGGGAGCGGUCAGGGCCAGACAGAAUGCUUCUUUGUGGUGGCGAGCGAAAUUCUUUACCACGACGCUCAGGCUGCCACCAUGCUUCUGAACACCUUGAUCGGGGAGCUACGGCGCCGAGAUGAUGUAGAUUGGGACAAAGUGGAACAUAUCAUCUGCGCCGCUGACUGCGGCCCGCAUUUUAGAUCGAAGGAGAACGUUGAUCAUUAUUGCGUCGUCCUUCCGAAGGUGCUGGGGGUAAGCGUGGAAGUGUGCUGGCUUGGAGAGCAGCAUGGGAAGAGCGGGGUCGACCGCUGCUUCCGGUGGUGCAACCAGUGGGUCUCUACGUAUACGCAGACCAGGAAUAUCCAUGGCAUCUCAGAUUUGAAAGAAUGCUUCUCAGAGGGGGCUGCAAUGAUGAUGGCUGAAGAUCCCCGUGGUGCCAGAAUUGCCGUGCUGCAUUUCGAGCCGGGGCCAAAAAGGCCUUCCAAGAGAAUUUAUUUUCGGUCAGGAAAUUUCAAAAUGUCGCGGACAUACAGUCUGACUGGCAAGCUCUCACCGCAUAACAGACUCGGAGUGAGCAUUCGCAACAAGCACUUCUCUGAUAUGGUUGGUGAUGGAGACUUGCUGGAGUGGGACGUGCUUGAGGAGAUAAAGGAAGCAAUCAUUCCAUGGCGGCGAGCGUACUAUGAUCAGCCUUGUGUCUGGGAGCAGCCAGGGCCACAGGCCGGUGAGGCCAACCCCUUGGCGCGACGUCAUGCCGAGCAGUUUGACUUCGUGACACAGGAGAUGCGAAAUCCUCGCCGUAGCUUUCUGGAAUGA